AGAAAAUUAGGAACUAAAGAAAGAAAAAAGGCCAGCACUCUCUGGCCUGUGCUUUCUCAUGUUAUUGCAAAUUGCAAUCAGCACAAACGAACGACGAAUAUCUUGGUUCAUUAGAAAAAAACACGAGAGUCCAGAAGAGAAGCAGAAGGCUUUCCUCUGAGAGACUCUGCAAUUCCCGUCGCCGAUCUCCCAACGGUCAGCUUCAAGCUCUUCGUCCUUCUCGAUCUAGGUUUUCCAAUUCCUCUUCUUUCUGUACGAUUCCCUUUGUUCGAUUUCAGAUUGGAUCUUUCCAGUACACGUUUAAUUUCAUACAAGUUCCAAUUCGGCCUUAAAUUCCCAAUUUUCUCGAGAAAUUCUCAGUUUUUUUGUUAUUUCUUAACUGGGGAAGAUCCCUUAGAUUCUGGCUUUGUUGAAGUCAGAUCCAAAUUUUGUAUUAUUCAUGGGUUUCAACUCGGGGUUCAGUGACAUGAAUGUUAGAGUAGAAAUCCAGAAUUUUGUAAAAUCAGAUUGAUUGUUUAGGGUUCAAGCUUGUUGAUUAAGCAUUGGGAUCAUUGGGAACUCUAAUUGUCCUUAAAGUCGCAGACUUGGGUUUGGGUUUAAUUUUUGAGAGCAAAUGGGAAGUGGUUAUUCAUGCUUUUGGAGAAAUCAUUAGUGGUUUGAGAGUUUGAAGGGCUUCUGGCUGUGUGGGAAUUUGAUUAUUGUAGUAGACAAUGUUCUAUGGUACAUUGGUAUGGGACCCUUGGCUCAUUGUUGUCCAAAUUGUGUGCCUUCAAUGUUUAUACUAUCUCACUCUGGGGUUCUUCUUGUCUAUUCUUGUUGGCACUCGCGUGUCUCGAAUGAGCCUAGUGUAUUUCUUUGACUAUGCCACUCUCACUAUCUCCACGGUCACCGGGUGGUGUGUCAUUGGUUCCUAUCUGCUCAGUGCACUUGCAGGCGCUGGAUAUCUGCUUCUUCUGAUUGAGAGGGCAAAGAAGUGCUUAGAUUUUUCAGCCACCCUAUACAUUGUACAUCUCUUUAUAUGCAUCGCUUAUGGGGGUUGGCCUUCGUCAAUGACAUGGUGGGUUGUGAAUGUUACUGGAGUUGCAGUGAUGGCUUUGCUAGGUGAAUAUCUCUGCAUUAGACGUGAACUGCGCGAGAUUCCUAUAACACGAUAUCGUGCAAAUGUUUGACUGACGAGAAACUCAACAGGCAAGAACAAACAUGUGGGAUUAUAGUGGCUAUUCUUUCGUUGCCGAGGAACUUCCAGAUAAAGAUUAUUAAUACCAAAUUCAAUCUAUGAUGAGGAGAGAAUCUACCAUAAUGUGUGGAUUCUUUUAUCUAUGACGGUGGCUGUUACGGAGGACAAGUGUAAAGUUUGACACAGUGCUUUAAAUGAUGGGGAGGUUUGAGCAAAUGAGACUAGGUAUGCAUUGUGCUAGGAAAUCAUAAUGUACAAUUUUAGGUGGUUUUGAGUAGAGCAACGCCUACUACGUUUCUGAUAUCCUUGUUCUAUUUUAUUUUCUAUAAACAUGAUACGCCUUAUCAAUUCUGGUUGCAUAAUUCUUGUUUGUUACCAUUUCUGGUAAUUCUUUUGUGUCGUUAGACUUUAUUACGUAGGAUUAGUAAAUUGAAAUUCCGAGACAGAAUGCUUGAACCUGGGAGCACUUUGUUC